GGCAUUGGGUGAGGAGACUCCUUGAUGAGGAGGUGCGGCUGGAGAUAGUGAAGACCCAUCAGCAGGCAGCAGAUAUUUUCACUAAGCGUCUGGCGGAGGCGGAUCAUUGGAAGGGCAUGAAGCUUGCCGGGAUGAGUGUGCAUUGAGUAUGCAUGCUUGAGAUGUUGAUCUUGAGAAGAUCUUUCCGACGCAACAAGAAUCCCUUCAAUCGGAGCAAGAACGCGAAAGCUAUGAAGAUUCAAAGUUCAUGAGCUUGCGUUACAAUUGCGGCGGUUACAAAGUGAAGUUGUGGGGUGACUCUAUAUGGAGUUGGGACCUUUGGGGGUUGGGGAAAUUUGUCACUCUACUGUAACAGCUGCAAAUUGGUUGGGAACAACCAAGCUAGGUUGGCAAGGGUGGCCAACUUGGAUGGAUUGGUUGGGAAGGGACAAAUUGGAGACACUCGCACGAUUCGAGAAGGACGUGAAGCGAACCGACACCGGGUUCCUGGCGAUAGCAACAGAGGUGGAGAAUGACGGAGAGAAAGCCUCGGAGACUCCAGAAAAAAUCAAGGAAUUACUGAAGGAGUUCCAAGACAUUCUUCCUGACGAUCUUCCGAACGAGCUACCGCCAUACCGAACGCAUCAACACGAGAUCGUGGAGGAACCGGGUUCGAAGCCGACCUUCCGAGCACCAUACCGACUCAGCCCUAUGGAGCUGACUGACAUGAAAAAACAGAUCGAGUAUCUCCUAGCCAAAGGACUCAUGCGACCAUCCACUUCGCCGUACGGUGCCCCAGUACUCUUCACACCGAAACCGGACGGAAGCCUGCGCGUGUGCAUCGACUACCGAGCUCUUAACAAGCAGACCAUCAAGAAUAAAUAUCCGAUACCACGAAUCGAUGACCUGCUUGACCAGCUUCGGGGAGCUACGGUAUUUUCCAAACUGGAUCUGCGGUCCGGAUACUGGCAGAUACGGAUGGCGGACAACUCUAUCCACAAAACUGCUUUCCGAACUCGGUACGGAUCGUACGAGUAUUUGGUAAUGCCAUUCGGACUCACCAACGCGCCGGCAACGUUCCAAGCCGAAAUGAACCACAUUCUACGACCACUUUUGGACGAAUGCGUGGUGGUGUACCUGGACGACAUACUCAUCUACUCGCGCGACAUGAAGCAGCACGUCGAACACCUGCGACGCGUCUUCGAAAUUCUUCGACGAGAACGAUUCUACGUCAAACUGUCCAAGAGCGAAUUCGCCCUUGAAAAGGUCCAGUUCCUAUGACAUAUGGUGAGCGCUCAAGGAGUUCA